AUGAACAUUCAAACCCCGCGUGAAUUCGGCCGAAACGUCACCAACACAAUUGUUGGUAAGAAAUCAUUUCCAAUCUCAACAACAACACCAAUAUUAUUACAACAACAAGAAGAAGAAGAAGGACAAGUUGUCAAUUCUCUUAAAAUAUGUGGAGGAGUUUCUCUGCAGCCAUCAGACGAGUUGUACGUACAAGAGAGUUAUGAUAAGAGGAAUAGUUAUCAUGAUGGGAAUCACAAGAGGGAAUCACGCAAGAGGAAACGAACAGAAGAAGAUAACAUGGUGUUUGGAGGAAUGUGUAAUGUUCUCAAUAAUGAAGAAGAAGAAAAAGAAAAAGAAGAAACUCUGCAGGACCCAUCACAAUUCCGUUUACUCUAUCAUACUAAUAUAAUGAAUAACACUUGUAAUGGGUGUAGUAGUAGUACUGAUGGUAGUAACAGUGUAGAGCGCUGUUUUGAUGAGGAUAUAAUGUCUAUACAAUACCCCGCCUCCAACUGUGAGGAAUUGUUGCGAUCUGUAGAGUCUGCAAAUGCAAACGUAAUGAGAGAUCUUGAAUGUGUGAAUUUGUAUGGAUGUACAAUGCUGCCAGCUUCUCCUGAUAUUCCGCUUAUGUUUGCUCUUCCACACAUGUUGUGA